AUGUCUGCGGUAACAACCCUCCGUGCCAGACUAAGCGCCCCCGGUCUUCAGCACGUAAUGAGUUUCCGACGUCAGGUUUAUAUCAAACCCGAAGACGUCGAGAAGAUCCCCAGCUCUUGGAAAAUCGACUUCGACGAUACAACCUACUGGAUCUACCCCACACUCGAUAACAUAAUUUGCUUCUUAUGCAAACAGAAAGGUCACCUAACUAAAUCAUGUCCCACCAAGACUAGUGAAACUGGCGAAACUGACGAGAACAAGGCGAACAAAACAAUAAUAGAUAUUAAAAAAACUCAAAACCCAUCUGACAAUUCAACAAGACAUCCUCAAGUAAGCAACUUUCCCACCCUUUCAGCAAAACGCCCUCUCUCAACUUCAUCAACGGAAAAUAAGCUUAACACUAUCGAACCAACCAGCUCCUUGAUAUUUCAAAAACCAGCGCCUCCCAUUCGAACCCGGACGUUCAAAAAAUCCAAGAAAACUGACGCAAAUCCCACAGUAAAAGAACCGACAUAUUUACCGACUAUUGAAACGGAACUAUUAGCCAACCCAACGAAAUACCAGUACAAUUAUGUGCAGAUCUGUGAACUUUUGGAGAAACUCAACCAAAAAAAAACGACUCGAUCGAGUUAUCAAUGA